ACACAUGGCUCAAUGCAGUCAGGCAAGUACUGUUUUCUUGGCAACUGCCAAACCCAGACACGUCCAUUGGAUUUCCAGAUAGAGAAGCGUGAUUCGUCACUCUACAGAACAGGUCUCCACUGCUCUAGAGUCCAUUGGAGACUUCUGCGCACGGUGCAGUUCAGCAUGCGCUGACCCCCACUUUGUAAUUUUACAUGGCCUACCUCAUCAUGGCUGAGUUGCUGCUGUUCCCAGUUGCUUCCACUUAUGCAGUUUUUGCACAAGUGACAACCUAUCACGGUACCACGCUUGAAUUCACUGAGCUCCUUAGAGCGAGCCAUUCUUUCACAAAUGUUUGUAGAAGCAGUCUGCAUGUCUAG